AAGCUUCGUAGAUAGGCAGACUGAGUGUGCGCGAGCAUUUCUUACCAGUUCUUGUCAAGCUUUCUUACCCAAUGCUUUUUGAGUUCGUGCCCUUUCCUCCGCGAGAAAUAUUGUUUCCCACUGUGUGAUUCCAUUCCUUUGAAAAUAAGAAGUGCAGUCUGGUGAAUACGCUCUUUACAGGAAGGAUGAUAUGUCCGUGGUGGUAAUGAAAGCUGUGCUUCGCCACCGGAAAAAAAAAAAGUGCUGCUCCGCCUACAGCGAACCAGUCGUGUCCUUCGCCAGGACCGGUUCGCAACGUGUGAUGGCGCCUCUGCGAUUGGCGUGGCUGCUGCUUUGUCUGGGACGCGCGUCGGCGGCUUCUUGCCAGGAUACGGACUACCUAGGGGCCUGCACUUCCAACUGCGGCAGCUACAAAUUCUUUGUAUGCAGCAACGUUCACAGGGUGAGCGAUUAUUAUCACUAUGUUCAGCAGGCACUGCACUACCCGAAUCUUUGGUUCGUCCUCAAAGACAGUCACUUGGAUUACUACCCGGCAGGAUCGUUUGCCGAUGGCAACUUAACCGUGAUUGAGUUCCGAAACGCCCGGGUAAACAGCUUCACGCAGUUUGAGACGGGACCAAACCCGUUCCUUGGAGCCGAGCAGACUGUGACAACUAUUGUAUUUCGAGAGGACAGUAGCCUGCCAGGCAGCUGGGCAGUCUUUAACAGGCUUGCCAAGUUGACCAAGGUUGAGUUCCGGGACAUGGCCCAUCUAGAGCUAACCAGUGACUUCAACCUGUUGCCAGCGAGUGUGGAGAAAGUAUACAUAUACAACUCCAGCAUCGGCUACGUGCACCCUCGAUGGCUCUCCCAACUGAACGCUCUCAGAGUGGUCAUCAUACGCGACACAAACCUGAACCAGUUCGUCCGAUCUAUGCUACCUCGACCGACGCCGUUCCUCAAAGAACUGGAUCUUGAAAGGAACGCCCUGACUGGCCUUCCGGUGGAUAUCGGUGAGGAGAUGCCCGAGCUUGAGUUUCUCAAUGUAGGACGCAACAAAAUCACCACCUUGGACGAGCAAAGCCUGACUCCGUUGAGACGAAACGGAACCUACGUCUACCUUUUUGGUAGGUGCAGGCCCAAAUGGGAAACCCGUUUCGGUGUGACUGCCACCUACGCUUCCUUGUUGGGUACGAGGAGAGCUGGACGUACUCGGAGUGCGCCCUACCUGAAAACCUCCGGGGUCGCUACUUGGGAACUAUCAGCGCAGAUGAAAUGACGUGCGACUAGAGUAGCGAGUUUUGAUGAAGAGGUCGCGAAGGCCUCUGUACCUAUGGGAGUGGCAAAUGGGCAGUGUGGCAAUUUCGUUGUUCACUUUACGGGAAAUACUAUAUUUUUUCAAGUAAAUACCUGUACAGAUCAUGU